AUGGCAAGCGAGGAGAAGACGGUUGGAAAAAUCGAGUUAAAGAGAGAACUGGGACUUUUCAGCGCGGUCAGCAUCAUUCUGGCAGUGAUGAUAGGUUCCGGCAUUUUCGUGUCACCAACCAGCGCUUUUGAACGAUCAGGAUCUGUGGGAUUUUGCUUAAUCGUUUGGAUCAGCUGUGGCGUGCUGUCUCUAUUAGGUGCGUUGGCCUUCGCCGAAUUGAGUACUGUGGUACCACGUUCUGGUGCCGAAUAUGCAUACUUUAUAGAGGCCUUCAAACCUUUACACCCUUACGCCGGUCAGAUGCCAGCAUUUAUCUGUUCUUGGAUCUCUGUGAUACUGUUACGACCAGCGGAAGUGGCAGUAAUUACAUUGACUUUCGCGGAAUAUAGCGUGCAACCGUUUUCUGGAUAUCUUUGUAAUCUAUCCAGUGACUCUAUGGCAACGCUGAAAAAGUUAAUAGCGAUUAUGGCAUUGGGUUUGAUAACGUACAUUAAUCUCAUCAGCGUCAAACUCUAUGUAAAAGUGCAGAAUGUGUUUACUGUAUGCAAAGUAGUCGCCUGUAUGGUAGUAAUCAUCGGCGGAAUAUGGUGGUUGGGCUCAGGUCAUGUAGAACUUCUCAGUAAUCCUUUUCGUGGUACCACUACGUCGGCUGGCAAUAUUGCUUUGGCCUUCUACAGCGGUCUCUGGGCAUACGAUGGAUGGACUGCGACCGCGAUGAUUACUGAAGAAAUCCAGAAACCCGAAGUCAAUAUCCUCCGUAGCACGCUCAUCGCCGUCCCCGUCAUCACCGUUCUAUAUGUAUCCAUGAACUUGAUGUAUAUGGCAGCAUUGACAAUGUCGGAGAUGAAGAGCGCACCAGCGGUAGCGGUAGUUUGGGCUAACCGAGUCUUGCCCUCUUGGAUGAGCUUCGCAAUACCGCUCGGUGUAGCGUUGUCAACCUUUGGAUGUGCUCUUAGUAUUCAAUUCAGCGUAGCCAGGCUGUGCUUCGUUGCCGCCAGUGAGGGCCAUGUACCACGAGUCUUCAGUUAUGUACACAUCGAGAAGAUGACACCGGCCCCAGCAGUGAUUUUACAGAGUUUACUUUCACUAGCGUGCCUGCUACUAGGCGAUAUAAUUGCUCUGAUCGAGUUUGCCAGUUUUCUCAUGUGGCUGUUUUAUGGACUAGCAAUGAUAUCGCUCAUAAUUAUGCGACGGACCAAAUCAAACGCUCCUAGACCGUAUACCGUACCUAUUGUGAUACCUUGGCUGAUAUUAAUUGUUUCAAUCUUCCUUACGGUGCUUCCAAUAGCUUACGAACCAUCGAUAAAAUAUUUGUUCGUAUUUAUAUUCGUCUUGUGCGGUCUUGUCGUAUAUCAUGUAUUUGUGUACAAGAAAAUAGGAAAUAUCUUAUCAGCCAAGCUAACAUACAUCAUGCAAAUGUUAUGUCUAGUCGUUGCUCCAGAUAAAAAGGAAGACUGACCAAAUAUUUUUUGA